AUGUGGCUCUCCUCCUUUCCCAAUUCCCUUGGUGUCUUUGGUGAUCCAGGCAUCUCCGACCACAGUCCUUGCUGCGUUUUCCUUGAUACUUCCAGACCCAAGCUGAAACAUCCUUUUAAGUUCUUCUCGAUGUUUAAUGCAAACCCCGAGUUUAAGGUUAUUAUCUCUGAGUGCUGGAAGUCUUUGCCCUUUCAAGGUACUAGUAUGCUGAGGGUCUCCAAGAAACUAAAAGAACUGAAGAGUAUCAUCAGAACUUUCAGUAAGGAUAACUAUUCUGGUAUAGAAAAACGUGCGACCGAGGCGUUUGAGGAGCUCUCUCACUGCCAGCAUGCUCUGCUCUCAAGGCCUUCACCUCAAGCUGGUUUGAAUGAAAGAAAAGCAUAUGAAAAAUGGUCUCUUCUCGCAAAGGCAGAAGAAUCUUUUUUCCAGCAGAGAUCUCAUGUAAAUUGGCUUGGAAAAGGAGACUCUAGCACCUCAUUUUAUCACCGCUACGUUAAGACAAGGGCCGCUCAGAACCAAAUAUUGUUUCUUCAGGAUGAACAUGGCAAUGUGAUCGAUACUAAGGAAGGAAUAAUGAACAUGGUUCUGGAUUAUUAUGAGAAUUUAUUGGGUGGGUCUUCCCUACUUUCUACAUCCACCUUUGAUGAGUUAUCUCAGUUGCUGCAAUUUAGAUGCUCUCCUUCAGUGGUUGACUUGCUUCAGGCUCCCAUCCUCAAUACGGAUAUUCAAGCAGUCUUCUUCUCUUUGCCAAACAACAAGUCCCCGGGUCCUGACGGUUAUCCAGCCGAGUUCUUCACUGCCCACUGGAAAACAGUGGGUUCAGACAUGAUUAUGGCGGUCCAAGAAUUCUUCUCGACGGGUAGACUGCUCCAGCAGUGGAACGCAACGAUUCUGACGCUUAUACCGAAGAAGCAAAAUGUUGUUCUUGUUUCUGACUUCAGGCAUAUAUCUUGCUGCAAUACUACAUACAAAGUUAUCUCAAAAAUUCUUGCUAAUAGGCUGAAGCAAGUUUUGCCCCUGGUGAUCUCAAACACUCAGUCUGCCUUUAUACCGGGAAGGCUAUUGGUCGAAAACGUCCUUAUGGCUACGGAGCUUAUCCAGGGGUACAAUUGGAAGAGCAUCACCAAGAGGUCAACCCUCAAAAUAGACCUCAAGAAGGCCUUUGACUCUCUUAACUGGAGUUUCAUCCUGCUUAUUCUUCGAGCUCUGCGCUUCCCAGACUCCUAUGUUCACCUGAUAUCUCAGUGCAUCACGACUACUCGCUUCUCUGUGGCUGUGAAUGGGGAGCUUGGAGGUUAUUUCAGGGGUGCUCGUGGGCUUCGACAAGGAGACCCCCUGUCGCCUUAUCUGUUCGUUUUGGCCAAGGAAGUGCUCGCUCAACUGCUGAACAAAGACUAUCUCAAUGGACAAAUUGGUUAUCACCCGUCAGCCUCUAACCCGCCAGUGACACACUUGGCUUUCGCAGACGACAUCAUGGUGUUCUUUGAUGGCCAACAAAUCUCUCUAGAGCGGAUUGCAGCAACUCUAGAUGGCUUUUCCGCGUGGUCAGGCCUGACGAUGAACCGCCAGAAAACAGAGCUCUUCGUGGCGGGUAUGAGUGAGUUAGAAUCCUCAAACCUAUCAAGUCUUGGCUUCUCUAUUGGCUCGCUCCCUGUCUGUUACCUGGGCCUACCGUUAAUGCACCGAAAACUUCAAAUCUGUGAUUACAGGCCACUGUUAGACCAACUAAAAAGACGGUUCUCUACUUGGUCAUCGCGUGCCCUCUCUUAUGCGGGUAGAAGGCAGCUUUUAGCUUCCGUCAUAUCAGGAACCCUCAAUUUUUGGUUCUCCAGCUUCAUCCUGCCUAAAGGCUGUAUUAAAUCAAUUGAGUCCAUGUGCUCAAGAUUUUUAUGGAAUGGAAACAUCACUAGUAAAGCUGCUGCGAAAAUCUCUUGGAAAUCAGUUUGUAUGCCAUGUUCUGAGGGUGGACUUGGCCUAAGGGAUCUCUCCUCAUGGAAUACAACUCUGUCCCUCAAGCUUAUUUGGCUCCUCCAUUGUGAAUCAGAGUCUUUGUGGGCUUUUUGGACCAAGCGAAAUCGUCUUAAGGGAGCGAGCAUUUGGAGCUUCGAAGUGGAGAAGCAAACUUCAUGGAUCUGGAAGUCUAUUCUCCGACUUCGUCCUUUGGCAGAACGUUUCUUAAAAUGUGACAUUGGAGAUGGGACCAAGGCCAGUUUUUGGUUUGAUUAUUGGCUGCCUAUUGGACCACUGAUCAAAUUCUUUGGAGACAAUGGACCUCAACACAUCGGUGUUCCUCUCCAUGCCACAAUCAGAGACAGUUGCUCACUCGAGGGGUGGCGCCUUCGCCCUGCGAGAUCCCCCAAAGCAGAGGAACUUCAAAUCAUGCUCUGUUCGGUACCGUUACCAUCUCAAUCAACUUCCGCUGACUCCUACAAAUGGUGUGUUAGAGAACAAAGCUCAACCAACUUCUCCACCAGUCUUACGUGGGAAGCAGUUAGGCAUUGCGGACAACAGGUUAUUUGGGAAAAGAUUGUUUGGUUUUCUGGUCAUAUCCCGAGACAUGCGUUUCAUAUGUGGGUUGCUAUGCAAGACAGGUUACCGACUCGAGCUAGGUUGGCUAAUUGGGACCCUGGUAUUGACAAUUCUUGUCUCCUCUGUGCUAAUGCAUGUGAAGAGACAAGAGAUCAUCUUUUUCUUAGAUGCAGUUUUAGUGAACAGGUGUGGCGCCUUAUUACCGUUCGUCUUGGAUAUCGCCCUACUCUUUUCCACACUUGGACUGCGCUGUGUGAGUGGUUGCGAACUUCAGAUACAACCUGCUCCAAUACACUGCGUCACCUUGUUACGCAAGCGACUGUUUAUCAGCUAUGGGCAGAGCGUAACAGCCGCGUACACAAUGGUCUGUCUUCUAUCCCCCAUCGGAUAUUCAAAGAUUUGGACAGAACCAUAAGGAACUCCAUCCUAUCAAGGAAGGAGAUGAAGAAAUUUAGGGGACUCAUGCAAGCUUGGCUGAAGUUUUCCUAA